GCAGGCAGCAGCCAAGAUAGCGGUUAUUUAAUAAGUCGUUAGCUAUGGCAAACCCAUUUUCUCUCUCCAUUCUUUUAACUUUGUUUCUGUUAAACACCUGCUACUGCUUCAGGCCCAAAUUUUUUAAUGUUUCGAAGUCAAACUCUGAUUCUGAUUGGGCACCUGCUGGUGCAACCUGGUACGGUAGUCCCACUGGUGCCGGAAGUGAUGGUGGAGCUUGUGGGUAUCAAAAUGCAGUAGAGCAACCCCCAUUCUCUUCAAUGAUAGCAGCCGGAGGUCCUUCUCUCUACAAAUCAGGCAAAGAAUGUGGAGCCUGUUACCAGGUCAAAUGUACGUCUAAUUCAGCCUGUUCAGGGAAUCCAGUGACGGUAGUAAUCACAGACGAGUGUCCUGGCUGUACCUCCGAGUCUGCUCAUUUUGAUUUAAGUGGUUCUGCUUUCGGAGCUAUGGCCAUUUCUGGUAAGGCUGAUCAACUUCGAGACGCCGGCAUUUUGCAGGUUCAAUAUAAAAGAGUUGGGUGCAAGUAUCCAGGCAAGACGGUCACGUUCCGUGUGGAUUCAGGGUCGAACCCGCAAUAUUUUGCAACCCUAAUUGAGUACGAAAACGGAGAUGGCGAUCUUGCUUCAGUUGAACUAAAACAGGCUCAAGACACUGAAUCGUGGAUUCAGAUGGAACAAUCAUGGGGUGCAGUUUGGAAAGUUAACUCAGGCUCGGUUCUACGAGCCCCAUUUUCUCUCAAGUUAACCUCCGUUGAGUCUGGAGAAACUAUUUUAGCGAAUGGAGUAAUUCCUGCAGAUUGGCAGCCUGGAAAGACUUAUCGAUCUGUUGUCAAUUUCUAGUAUCUAUAUUGGCAUCUGAAUUACUGUAGCAUGUAUAUUUCCAUGGAGGAGACAUGUUCAAAUCGGAGUCCACGUGGAAAGUUAUAAAUUGCAAGGAUUUUAAUAGAAUAUUUGUUUCUAUAUAUAUAUAGAUAUAUAAUUAUUUCUAAUUAUAUCUUAUCGUAUGUGAUAAGUUCUACUAUAAAGUAUAAAAUAUGAUAAGUUCUACUAUUUUUCUUCGGAUUUUUUUUUGAAGGAAUAUAUUUUUCUUCA